UUGGCGUUCCAAGUUCAAAAUGACGUCAUGCGACGAUAACACGCGGUUAUUUCGCGCCGGUUCUUAGCUGCCAGUCAUUUGUUGUGACACCGGGUGUGUGGACGCGUUCGAAUUUUAAAAAGUAUCGCGGCAUUUACGUGACAUUAUGGCGAGCAACGACAAACCAGAGACAUGCAGCGGCUGUAACGAGCCGAUCAGCAGCGGCAGAAUCGUGACGGCGCUCAACAAGAAGUGGCACCCAGAGCACUUCGUGUGCAACACGUGCCGACGCCCCAUCGACGGCGCCAAGUUCCACCAGCACGACGGCGGCGUCCACUGCGUCGGGUGCUUCGCCGAGCACCACAGCCCGCGCUGCCACGGCUGCGGGGACCCCAUUACUGAGAGGGUGAUCCAGGCGCUGGGCGUGUCGUGGCACGCGAACCACUUCGUGUGUGGAGGCUGCAAGAAGGAACUGGGCGGAGGUGGCUUUAUGGAACAGGCCGGGCGCCCCUACUGCUCGGCGUGCUACGCAGACAAGUUCGCGGCGCGCUGCUCCGGCUGCGCCCAGCCAAUCACGGACAAGGCCAUCAUCGCGCUGGACGGGAAGUGGCAUCGCGACUGCUUCAAGUGCAACAAAUGCAGGAAUCCAGUGACAGACUCCACCUUCCAAGUGCAAGACAACAAGCCUCUGUGCGGGAAAUGCGCCUAAAUCCAGACCAAACUACAAGCAAAUACAAUCACAAACUUAUUUAUACACUAUGCGCCCACCGAGCACCUCUACACAAUAAUCCAGUGCCUU